AUGCAGCCACAUACUCAGAACUGGACCCAGGUCACAGAGUUCGUCAUGGUGGGCUUUGCUGAGGUGUACGAAGAACGCUUCCUUUUCUUCACACUUUUUCUCAUCAUGUACCUGUUCACGUUGGCAGAGAACACGGCCAUCAUCUUAGUGGUAGGCUUGAACCAUCGACUACAGAGACCCAUGUAUUUCUUCCUGACACAUUUGUCCUGCCUUGAAAUCUGUUACACGACUGUCACAGUUCCCAAGAUGCUGGCUGGUUUUGUGGAUGUCAAUGGGGGCAAAACGAUAUCCUAUGCUGGCUGCCUGUCCCAGCUCUUCAUCUUCACCUUCCUAGGAGCUACCGAGUGUUUCCUACUGGCUGCCAUGGCUUAUGACCGCUAUGUGGCCAUUUGCAUGCCACUCCGCUAUGGGUCCUUAGUGUCCUGGGGUACCUGUAUCCAUCUGGCAGCUGCUUGUUGGCUGGUUGGCUUUCUCACACCCAUUUUGCCUAUCUACCUCAUGACUCAGUUGACAUUUUGUGGUCCCAACGUUGUGGAUCACUUCUUCUGCGAUGACUCGCCUCUGCUUGCUCUGUCCUGCUCCGAUGUCACGCUGAAGGAGACCACGGAUUUCAUGGUGUCUCUGGCUGUGCUCCUGGCCUCCUCUACAGUCAUUGCUGUGUCCUAUGGCAACAUUGUCUGGACACUGCUGCACAUCCGCUCAGCUGCAGAACGUCAGAAGGCCUUUUCCACGUGUGCCGCUCACCUCACAGUGGUGGGCAUCUUCUAUGGCACACUUUUCUUUAUGUAUGUCCGGACCAAGGUGGCUUCCUCCAUUAACUUCAACAAGGUGGUGUCUGUCUUCUACUCCAUUGUCACACCCAUGCUCAACCCCCUCAUCUACAGCCUUCGCAACAAGGAGGUGAAGGGAGCCCUGGGCCGAGUCUUGUCCCUCAAGUCUUGGAAAAGGAAGUGA